AUGGCGACCGGCGCAAUGCUAUUUGCGGCAGGCCUGGCGUACCUGUGCACUGGCGUCAUCGCUGCACCGGCUCUGCCACAACCUCAGAUUCCCCUUGCAGCUGGUGCCAUCGAGCAGCACCCGCUGGGUGAUACACCACCAUCACCACCGCCAAUAACAGCACAGAAGAAGACCGCCCAGUCCAGAAAGCUGCAUGGCCGGUUCCUGCAUAUCACAGACUUCCAUCCUGAUGAGUUUUACAAAGUUCACACCUCCACAGCAGCAGGUUAUGCCUGCCACAGCGGGAAAGGCCCAGCCGGCACCUACGGCGCCGAGACCUCGGACUGCGACACGCCCAUCUCACUCGUCAAUGCCACCUUUGACUGGAUAAUAUCCUCCAAGCUCCGCGACGAGAUCGAUUUCGUCAUCUGGACCGGCGACAGCGCCCGCCAUGACUCUGAUGAGGACAUCCCACGAUCGCCUGCUCAGGUGCUCGGCACGAACCGAUUGCUGGCCAACAAGUUCGCCGAGACUUUUUCCGACGACAAGGGGGCCAAUGUGCCAGUCAUCCCUACCUUUGGCAACAACGACAUCCUGCCGCACAAUGUCCUCAUGCCCGGGCCCAACAAGUGGCUGAGGUACUACACCGACAUCUGGCGUCAUUUCAUCCCCGAGGAGCAACGCCACAGCUUUGAGUUUGGCGGCUGGUUCUACGUCGAGGUCAUUCCGAACAAGCUUGCCGUCUUCAGUUUGAACACUCUGUACUUCUUCGACAGAAAUGCAGGCGUCGAUGAUUGCGUAAAGCCAUCGGAGCCUGGCUUUAAGCACAUGGAGUGGCUCAGGGUCCAGCUGCAGUUCAUGAGGGACCGUGGCAUGAAAGCCAUCCUCAUGGGCCACGUUCCACCAGCUCGCACUGACAGCAAGAUGCUCUGGGAUGAGACUUGCUGGCAGAAAUACACUCUUUGGCUGAAGCAGUACCGCGACGUGGUCAUCACUGGUGUCUACGGCCACAUGAACAUUGACCACUUCGUUCUCAUGGACACGAAUGAGAUUGACAUCCGCCCGGCCGGGGUGGAGUCUGAAGACGAGGUGGAGUCUGAAGACGAGGAAGUCACUGUUCGGGAGAAUAUGGAUGACGAGCUUUCAGUGCAGUCAGCCACCGACUAUCUCGAGGAAUUGCGUGAAGGGUGGGCGAAGUUAACAAAGCCAGGCGCGUCCAAAAGCCUUGACUUUGAAUCAGAGAAGAACAAGAAGAAGAAGAAGAAAGGAAAGAAGGGCAAGGACAAGGACAAGCUCGAUGGCGAAUGGGCAGAGCGAUACCAUUUGGCCCUCGUCAGCCCGAGCAUCGUGCCAAAUUAUUUCCCAACGCUCCGAGUCUUCGAAUACAACAUCACUGGCCUCGAGGAUGCAGUGACUUGGGCCGACUACACCAAGAAGCUCCCAACCGUCCGACCAAAGAACGACGCGGACGAGGUCUCUGAGGUAGAGCUGGAGCUUCGUGAUUUGAACGAUGACGUUGAAGCGGAGAAGAAGAAGAAGAAGAAGCACAAGGGCGACAAGAACAAGAAGAAAAAGAAGAAGAAGGGGAAGAAGCCCAAGGAUCCCAAUUUGGUCGUUCCUGAACCCCCUUCAAAAUCGUCACCCCCCGGACCGGCCUACUCACCACAACCGCUUACCCUCACUGGCUACAAGCAGUACUAUGCGAACCUAACCUACAUCAACAACGACAUUGCUCCCCAGUCUGAGGACCUUGAUGCCGAGAAGUGGCGCAAGGGCAAGCACGGAAACAAGAUGCCGAAGAGUAAGAAACCGAAGCCUCGGGAAUUUCAGUUUGAUAUCGAGUACACGACGUAUGAUGACAAAUUGUACAACCUGACCGACUUGACCGUCAAGAGCUUUGUUGAGCUGGCUUACCGGAUGGGCAAGACCGCCAAGGCUAAGACUGCCGAGCUAUUGCUGCCUGGUGGCGAUAUUGUCGAUGACUUGGACGAUUUCGUUGUUGAAGAGCCCGAGGAUGGCGACCUAGACGAGUUCGAGCAAGACUUGUCCGAAACGGACGAUGAUUCUGACACAGAUGAUUCUGAAGCCGACGAUGUAGAAGCCGAGAAGAAGAACAAGAAGAAGAAGGGUAAGAAAGACAAGAAGAAGAAGAAGAAGAAGGCAAAGAAGCUGAACAAGACCUGGCUUCACUUUCUGAGGCACGCAUUCGUCAGCACUGUGGAGGAUGGGGAGCUGAAAGAGAAAUUCUCUUAG